GUGGCGCACUUUCGCUGUCAAAAAUUUCCCAUUUGAGGUUAGUUAGUUCUUAUGUUUGCCUCUAAACCCCGCGAGAACGAGUUCGCCCCUUGCCUUUUUCGGGAGAAUGACCGAGAGCACCCGCGCUGAAGAAAUACUGAAAGGUUUCCAAGUGAAUUGGGUUUGUUUGCGCGACGCCGACGGGGGCACCGUUUUCUGGCAAGGUUCCGAAGACUUGAGCUUCCCCGACGUGGAACAUGAAGCUCAUGUACCUAAAAACAUCCUCAAAUGUCGUGCAGUAUCUCGAGAGUUUAAUUUUAGUUCCAAAGAACAAAUCGAGAAAUUUCGUUUGGAGCAAAAAGUAUUGUUUAAGGGACGGUGUCUUGAAGAGUGGUACUUUGAAUUUGGUUUUGUUAUGCCAGAAUCGACAAAUACAUGGCAAUCGAUCAUGGAAGCGGCGCCUGAGUCUGAAAUGAUGCCCGCCUCCGUCCUCAACGGCAAUGUUGUUAUUGAAACGAAAUUCUAUGACGACGAUCUGUUAAUUUCCACAUCGAGAGUGCGGUUAUUCUACGUUUGAAUCAAAAGGAACACCAAAACGGGGCCACUGUUGCGUCUUGUUACCAUUGUGUGAUAAUAACAAUGUAUGCAUUUACUUUAUUACAUUUUCCAAUAAA